AUGGACUUGCUUGGAGACUAUGGAAGUGACGAUGACGACGACAGUGAUACUAUUAGUAUUACGCCGACCACAAGAAAACGAAAACGAUCCAAAGAGCAGGAUGAUACGGCUAUCACGCCACCACCAAUCACCAUUGUUCCCUCACAGUCAAUCAAAGCAUCCACGUUUGUCCGUUCGACACCUCAUGUUCCGGGAAACUGGGCUGGACAUGUCUUUGCGGCCGUCAUUCGCCUGGAAGAUUGGCGUAACACGUUGACAGAAUCCCUCCAUCGAUUCCAAGUAUAUUUGGAAAAGAUUGGAUUUGCUGGAGGAACCGUGAUUUCCCACCUGGACUCGAACGAGUUGCACAUGUCCCUGGCCCGACCCUUUACGCUGCAAUUGGGAUCCAUCCAACCCUUUGUGCAGCAAUUGGAAAAACGCCUCUGUCACUUGCCCACGAUAACGCUAUGUAUCAACCCAUGUGAUGAAAAGGUUUUGGUAAAUGACGACCGAACCAGGUCCUUUUGGACUCUACCCAUUCAUGCCAAUCCCACGCUACGGGCCAUUGUCGAGGAAGUAGAUGCCGUUCUUCAAAACUACAAUCAGCCAGCAUACUACAAUCCACCAGUUUUCCAUGUCAGCGUGGCUUCCGUGGUGGGAGAUUUGGAGGCUCUGGCCAACAGAAACUGCCAACAAACGAAGACUGCCAAAUCCAGAGGCUCAAGCUCUACCAAAAGUCAUACUCGCCAUGUCAAUCUCAAGCAGGUCCAAUGCAGCUUUGGAAACACAAAGUGCUACAGUAUCAACUUGCUUCAACGGUGA